CUAGGUUGGCAGCCUCGUUGGUUUGUUUUAGACAAUGGGAUAUUGUCAUACUAUGAUUCACAGGAUGAUGUUUGCAAAGGCAGCAAAGGAAGUAUAAAGAUGGCUGUGUGUGAAAUAAAAGUUCAUGCAACAGAUAACACAAGAAUGGAGCUUAUCAUCCCAGGGGAACAGCAUUUCUAUGUGAAAGCAGUUAAUGCAGCUGAAAGGCAAAGGUGGCUGGUAGCACUGGGGAGUGCAAAAGCCUGUUUAGCUGAUACCAGAACAAAAAAAGAAAAAGAAAUAAGCGAGACCAAUGAAUCUCUUAAAACCAAAAUGUCCGAACUUCGUCUCUACUGUGAUCUUUUAAUGCAGCAAGUUCAUACAAUACAAGAAUUUGUUCACCGUGAUGAGACUCGCUCUCCUCCCAGCGUUGAGAACAUGAAUGAAGCCUCUUCCUUGCUUAGUGCCACAUGUAAUACAUUUAUCACAACACUUGAAGAAUGUGUGAAGAUUGCUAAUGCCAAGUUUAAGCCAGAAAUGUUCCAGCUGUCUCACCCUGAUCCCUUAGUUUCUCCUGUGUCACCGUCACCUGUCCAAAUGAUGAAGCGUUCCAUUAGCCACCCUGGUCCUUGCUAUUCCGAAAGGAAUAAUCACUCUGUGAAAGAACCAAUUUCAUCCCUUCACCGAUUUUCGCAGUGGCGCAGAAGAACAUACUCGGAUACAGAAUCUUACAGUGAUACUCCCUUUGAAGAUUCUCAGAGAUCUACUCACUGUUCUAGAAGCGCUGUCAAUGGAGAUCUGGUAUCAUCAAUCAUUCCUGAAGAAAAUAGAUCAGUAUCAAAGCAAAAGUCUGAACUGGAAGAGACUCUUUCAUCCUUUUCUUCCUGAAGAAACUGAAAGUAUUCAAUUUUCUAUAAAUAAUGCUAUGCAAAAGCUGCUGUAAUUAUACUGUUGUUAUAGGAAGUAGUCAUUUCCCUUUUUAGAAGGAUUUCUCUGCACUUUAUAGAAUAACAUAAAAACUAUCUUUGAAGUGUAUUUUAUCUUUAUAUAGUUUAUUUGCAAGAGUAUUUUCCUAAUAUUUCACAGUUUGAAUGUGCAUUUUUUGAAACAAAUGAUGGCUUAAAAGAUGAGCAUCCACAUUUGUAAAUGUAGCUCUUUUUAAAAAGUGUGAAGGUCUGACUGAUACAUUAGUAAACCUGCAGGUUAUAAACUCCAGCAAAAAGGUUUCAUUUU